AUGGUCAUAGAAUUUCCAUCCAUAAAAGAAAGCCUUGUGAAGGCUUUCCAUCUUGAAAAGCUGGAGGAAUUAAUGAAAAAUGCUGAAAAGAUUUUCUUCGCCAUACUUCAUAAAUCACAUUGGUUUCCGAUGAUCGUUCAUGUCACGGAAAAAGAAAUCUACAUUGUUGAUCCUCUGCAAAAUGACACAACAUUCUAUGAUGGAAUAAUACAUCUUCUGACUCAUGCUAGGAUUGCUAGGAAGUUUAUGGCCUUGGAGAUUGCAAUGAGUAAACUGGCCGACCCCUUCAAUUAUGCUUCCUUUUUGAAUGAGAAUAAAUUGGGAAAGGAGACUGAGGUCCAAGGAGUGCAAACUGAAAGGCCACUUGUUAGGAUAACCCGAGCUGCUUCUCGAAAGGCAUCAAAUAGCAAACUCCUAAUUCUGGACCUGAAUGGGGUCUUAAGACCAGAUUCUCUGGCAUGGGGAUGGUACAACAAGCUCAAAGCAGUGCGAGAUGCAUUGAAGCAAUGGAACCGUGUUGUGUUUGGUAAUGUUUCUUCUAAGGUGGCGGAGGCGGAACAGGAGCUAAAACAGACGGAGGCGGAGUACGAUUUGGUUAGAAGUGAGGAGUCAAAGAUUCAUCUUCAUGAGGCCAGAGCGAGAUACAAUCGGGCACUUUCUAUAGAGUGUGAGUUUUGGCAUCAGAAGGCAGGUAUUAAAUGGUUACAGGCGGGGGAUGCUAAUACUGCAUUUUUUCACUCUUGGGUCCGUCAGCGUCGAAACUCGAAUUUCAUUUCCCGUAUUAGGAAAGAGGAGGGGGGAUGGCACGAAGACCUGCAGGAGAUUAAGAACUCAGCGAUAUCCUAUUUUUCGGACUUGUUUGCAUCCAACCGCCAGGUGCAGCCCCUCACUGAGCUGCCUUUUGAGGUUCCUAGAGUCACCCAGGAGGAUAACGAGAUCAUGAAACAGCUUCCUACGAUGGAGGAAAUCCAUGAGGUAGUGUUUGGAAUGGACACCCAGAGCGCUCCGGGUCCGGAUGGGUUUGGAGCAGGAUUUUUUCAAAGCUGCUGGGACAUGGUUAAGGAUGACUUGCUUAUGGCUAUCCAGGACUUCUUUCAGGGUAUGGAGCAACCCAGGAGCUGGUCACAUUCUAUGGUGGUGCUCAUCCCAAAGGUGGACGGUGCAUCCCACUGGCGGGAGUUUCGGCCUCUUAGUCUUUGUAAUGUAAGUUCUAAGGUUGUGUCUAAGAUAUUGGCGGUCAGGAUCAGUAAGCUCCUCCCGAAGCUCAUUUCACCAUGGCAAACAGGGUUUGUUCCAGGGCGUGGGAUAGUGGACAAUGUUCUAUUGGCCCAGGAGCUGAUUUUAGACUUGGAUAGGAGGUUGAUUGACCCGAAUUUGAUUUUGAAGCUCGACAUGGAGAAGGCAUAUGAUCGGGCUGACUGGUCGUUUUUACUUUUUUUGCUCAGGCAGUAUGGGUUUGAAGAGGUAGUAGUGGAUUUGCUCUUUCGAACGUUUUCUAACACUUGGUUCUCGAUCCUAGUUAAUGGGGAACCAACGGGCUUUGUGAAGUCAUAUCAGGGGGUGCGACAGGGUGACCCUCUUUCUCCUGUGCUCUUCUUAUUCGUGGCGGAUUUUCUUGGGAGAGGGCUGCAAAGGCUUUUUGAUUCCAAGGACAGUAGAUACUUUGUAUCUGCUGGGUCGAAAGUGCCGUAUUUAGCCUUUGCGGAUGAUAUGAUCAUCUUUACUCGGUGCUCGCAGGACGCGUUGGUGUCCCUUAAGGAUUUUUUGCAGCUCUACCAAAGUUGUUCUGGCCAGAAGGUGAAUAUUGCUAAGAGUGCCUUUUACGCAUCGGCCAGGGUGACGGACACCCAGCGGACCCUUGUUAGCACGACCCUAGGGUACCAGUGCCAGGGGUUUCCGUUCAGGUAUCUAGGGGUGCCGCUGAUUCGCGGCAGGGUUACAUGUGCAGCGUUUGAUGCGUUACUGGGCAAGGUGCUCCAACCCCCGAAGGCGGUGCUGCUGCGUUUAGGCCGAGUGUGCAAUGCUUUUUUGUGGGAUACCUCUAUUGAUAGCAAACGGACCCACUGGGCGGCGUGGGAUAAGUGGAAGUUGCGGGAACGGGCGUCCAUUUGGGCAGAGUUCAUGCACGUCAAGUAUGUCAGAGGGGGGCAUCCUCUUCUAGUUUCAGUUGACCGCCCGUCCCCAUUUUGGCGCCGGUUGGUAGAGGUGAGGGGGUUUGCGGAGGGGAAUAUCCGGUGGUGUCUGGGGGAGGGCUUAGUUGACUUCUGGCAGGACAGGUGGUGCACUGAUGUUCCGCUCGCUAGCUUGGUGCCAGGCCCUAAGUCUCACAGGUUGGUAGGGGAAUUUUUUCUUUCUGAUGGUUGGGAUGAGCAGUGGCUCAGACGGCUUCUUCUGGGGCACUUAGUGUCGAAGGUCAUGGAGCUGCGAAUAUUCCCCAAUAUGCAAGACCAGAUGAUUUGGGCAGCGUCACCUUCGGGGAGCUUUACUGUAUCUUCAGCUUGGGACGUUCUUCGCUCAACGCACAAUCGAUCGGUUGUUGAUUCAUUGGUCUGGAGCUCGGUGGUCCCCCUGAAGGUAUCCUUCUUGGCGUGGAGGUUGUUGCGUGGUUGGCUCCCCUUGGAUGAUCUCCUUCAAGGGAGAGGAUUGAGGUCAAAGUGUUACUGUUGUGGCCUCGCUCCAGAAACGGGACACCAUCUUUUUGUCUCGGGACCUUUAGCGAGCAGGGUCUGGCGGCACUUCUCCUGCCGCUUUGGGCUGGUAGUCCAGGGGAGUGGGGUGGCAUCGAGACUAUCAUGUUGGCUCUUGUCUCACCGGUUUGUCUCACAGAAUCAUAUUCGUGUCAUUCUCCCUCUUUUAAUCUUGUGGUUUAUUUGGAAGGGCCGUAACAAGGCCCGCUUUGAGGGGGUGAGUAUGUCGUCAGAUCAGUUCGGUAAGGUCAAGGGAAAAUUGGUACAGCUUCGUGCCUUUCCUUGGGCAAAACCUACAGGGCAGGCGGUGAAACUCAACACUGAUGCUAGUGUGGUACGCGGGCGUUCAAGUGGUGGAGGGGUGGUGCGCUCGGCUGAGGGUAAUUUAGUGUUUGCAUUUUAUAAGGAGUUUGGAGAGAAAGACGCUCUCUCCUCAGAGGCGUUGGCUUUGCUGGAGGGUCUUCGUUAUUGCCAGGAUAGCAAUCUCACGGGGGUCAUAGCGGAAGUGGAUUCUAGUACUUUAGUGCAUCUCGUGUCCUCUAAGAUGACGUCUUCCUGGCCGUUAUGUAACACGAUUAGGCAUAUUCGGAGCUUGGUGGCAAAAUUGGGGGUGUCGUUGGUUCACACGUUCAGAGAAGCAAAUGCGGUUGCCGACGCGUUGGCCUCGUCGGAUCUACGAGCGGAUGCCCGCUUCUUGAGUGAAAUAGCUCUCCCUUCUAAAGUUCGGACUCUUUUGCAGUUAGAUAGGCUGUCAACUCCGUAUGUGAGAGUCUGUACGGUCUCAGGAUAG